AUGCCCCCUCCCGCGUCCCUGGCGGCCAGACCCCGGAGGGUGCGAGAAGCCCAGGCCUUUCCCCUUCUGACACCGACCACCGAGGUCACCGCAGGGUUUUCACCAGUCUCCGGAGGCAGAAACCCGCCCUUCCCCCACUCUGCUGGCCGCCGGAGCCUGGGGCCGCACCGCUGUGCUUUCAGCAGCGGCCCCAAACCCGGGGUCUGGUUUUGCCUGCACUCGCCGGCCAAUCUCUGCUCCUACGCACCGAAGAGAAGGAAACUGGACGUGCUUCGCUGCGGCUCCAGGCCUCGCCUAGCGCGGUACCUGAGAAGACGCUCGCGGCCUCGGAUUACGGGUGGAGGGGGCCAGGGGCUGCGAUCCGGGGUCCCCAACGCCCGCAGCGGCCGGCGGGGAAGCACAGGGGUCCCGGACGAGGCUGGUCCGCCCCGGGUCUCGGUGGCGACAGGGUCCUGCCAGGCACUGGCUCCCCGCACGGGUUACCUGCCUUUCCUCUGCGGCAGCCGGGGCGGGGCGAGUCGGCUUCCCGGGUGGGAGGGCGGCCGACCUUGCCCGCGGAACUCACAGAUUCCCCCCCAAACUAAGAUCGCGGGGAUUCAGUUAGGAGCCCCUCACCGCGCACCGCCCCCCCCGCCCCGCCCCGACAUCCGAAGUGUCUUUUUGCAGCCUGGGUUCCUAACUCCCGCCCCGCUCCGGUGGGAAAGGAUUAAUGGGGUAGGGUGGGGGGAUAGUAAUGACCUUGGGAGGGGGCACUAA